CCUCACACAUCACUCAAAAUUAACAAACUAAAUCAGCAACACAAACUCAAAAGAAAAAAAACACACACACACAACGAAAAACAAAAAGAACAAAAGAAGAUGGUGAGGCCACCUUCAAUCGAUAGCAAUGGAAUGAAGAAGGGUGCUUGGAGUGAAGACGAAGACGAAAAAUUGAGAUCUUACAUACAAAGAUAUGGCCAUUGGAAUUGGAGAUUGCUCCCCAAAUAUGCCGGACUAAAGAGAUGUGGGAAGAGUUGCAGACUGAGAUGGGUAAAUUACUUGAAACCGGGGGUCAAAAGAGGAAAUUUCAGCAAAGAAGAACGACAAAUUGUUAUCAAAUUACACGCCGAGCUCGGAAACAAGUGGUCAGCUAUUGCUGAAAAGCUGCCGGGAAGAACAGACAACGAGAUCAAGAACUUCUGGCACACACGUGUCGAAAGACGGCGCAAGCCAAAUCACUCAGCAAAGCCUAUAAAUACACUUUCCUUCACAGAAAAAACAGAUUCCUCAGAAGCGACUUCUUUCUCUACAUCUCAAGAUCUCUCACUACCAUUCGAUGAUGCUUCUCUCUCUACAAACUCAUCAAAAGAAGAGCUUGAACUGAUGCUGUCGGAAAUGCUCAGGGAGGAUGUUGCUCAAAACGAGGGUUUGGCGGCGCACGUGUUUAAUGAGGAGGCGUUGGAGUUCGACUAUCCUGAGCUGCGGUACAGCGAGCUAUCGUGCUCCGGGUCAUCCUACGGAAGCGGGUUGAACAGCUGGACGGUGGAGGAUGAGGCUUGUGGAAGCUUCUGGAAUGAGUCUUCGAAUGCUUCGAAUUCGGAGAGUGAGACGAGUAGUUAUAGUUAUGCUAAUCCUCCUGUGGAGGAAGAUGGAUUGUUGCUUACUUAUGAUCCUCUCCUUCAGUAUUUUGACUACGAGACGAGUCUCUUUUGGUAGUAGACAAGGAGCGAGGUUUGUGAGAUUGAAUCUCAUGAACUAAACUCACUAUAUAUUUAAUCCUGGAUACAAUCUUGCAAACCGAACAUCCCCGUUGUGUAUAUAAAUAAUGUUUGUGUACCAUUGCAUGUUGGUAAUCAUGUAGCUAGUGAAAAUAUGUAUGCUGGUGUUCGGUAAUUAGCUAGAUUCUUGACCUUUUGUUAUAAGAGAGUUUUGUUUUCGGUAAUUAUUUAGGCGGAAUAGUUAGUUAUGAUGAAGCAAUAAAAUUUAUUAUAUAAUUAAAAA